UUGCCACCUCAGGACGCAUGCGCAGACAAGUCGCGUGACGAAUGAGGGCGGAUGAGAAGAGCAAAGUGUGAAAUGGUUUGUUGUUGUUAGAGAUUUGUGUGUGAUUUUUCCUCAUGCCUCUUCCAGAUAGUGAAGCGUUUAAUCUAAGAUUUGUUCAACUUGUCGAGACGUACAAGUGUUUAUAUGACACGACGUUACCAGACUACACUUCGAAAGAUGUACAAGACAAGGCUUGGGAAGUCAUCGCCACGAAGUGCCGCGCGUCAGUUUUGGAGUGCAAGCUGAGGUGGAAACACCUCCGAGGCGGACUCACUCGGUACAUCAAGAACGUCAAAAGGAGAAGCUCCCAAAGAGCGAAACCGAUCAAACAGUUCUAUUUGUGGGACGUGAUGCAGUUUGUCCUCCCCUUCGUGAAAUCCAGAAGUGAUCCAGAGAGUUCGCUCCCUUUUUGUCUUAAACAGGAAGAAGAAGAUCCCGACGAAAUAGAAGGCGAUCUCCUCAGUGACGAUGAAGUUGAUGACACCUAUGGUAAUAACAUUGAAACGCCGGUCGAAGAAGAAGCAGCCCUGGAAACUUUCUGUGAGUUAGAACCCGUACCGACUGCAUGUUUCAAGAGAGGUAGUAGGAAACGACUGAAGACACUGACCGCGGGUGAUUCGUUUGAGAUGGUGGCAAACCCAGAUUUCGCAAGGAGCACGCCGGUCGAGAAAGCAGAAAACUUUGAUCUAGACUUCUUCAAAAGUAUACUCCCCGAUAUGGCGGAGUUAAACGCCUCGCAAAAAAGACGGUUUAAGGUGAGAGUGCUUCAGUUGUUGGAGGAAUUUUCGUGUGAGGGAACUGCUCACGUUCCUUCUAGUCCUGUCAUAGAAGUACGUUCCCUGGAGAAAUCUUCGGAAUAAUUAUUUAAAAUUUCAAAAAUAUUCUCUCUCUCUCUCUCUCUCUCUCUCUCUCUCUCUCUCUGUCUGUC